AGCAAUUGCUCGAGGAGCUCCCCAAGCUGCCGAAGGGGAAGUACGAUGCGAUUGCCUUUAUGCCUGGUGCCGUUUGGCAGGGACUUGUCAAUGAAGAACUCAUAGGAUGCCUGCAAGGAUCCUUGAAGUAUAUUAACGGUCAUGGUGCCGGAUUUGACCACGUUGAUAUGGAUUGGGUGACAAAUGAGCUCGGUGCCUACUACGUUAACUCGCCCAAUGCGGUCUCUCACCCAACUGCUACGACGACUACCAUGCUUAUUCUUGAUUGCGUACGCUGGACAUCCCAGUUGGAACUUAGCACACGUCGAGGUGAAUGGAAAGGCGGUGCAGGUCUUACAAACGACACUCGCGAUAUGGUUGUUGGCAUUGUUGGCAUGGGAACAAUCGGCAGGAUUGUUCGCGACCAAAUCCAAGCAUUCGGGUCCAAGGUCAUUUACAGCAAUAGGCGACAACUACCCGAGGCCGAGGAAAACGGGGCCAAGUACGUUUCUUUUGAAGAGUUACUGUCUACGGCAGAUGUUAUUUCCCUGAAUUGUCCCCUGACUCCGGAUACUUUUCAUCUCAUCGGCGAGAAGGAGUUCUCCAGGAUGAAACAAGGCGUGAUGAUUGUCAACACCUCCCGGGGAAAAGUAAUUGACGAACCUGCUCUUGUUGCAGCGCUCAAGUCCGGCCACGUUGCUCGAGCCGGCCUCGACGUUUAUGAGAACGAACCUCAUCCUCAUCCGGAACUUCUUUCCUGUGAGCGUUGUACGGUCCUGCCCCAUCAUGGUGGUGGGACUCAGAGGGUCGUACACGAUGCCGAAUUAGAGAUAUUGGGAAAUAUGCGUGCAUUCUUCGAGAACGGAACAGCCGAGAAUGCUGUAAAUAACCCCUAGAUGACGAGUACCAAAGAUUCCGGUAAUUCGAUCCUUCAUGCAUGAUGUCCUCUUAUUUAGUGGUUCUGUAUGUAUAU